CGAGAAAUGAAGAACCAGUCAGGAGAGUUAGAGUUCAUUUUGGUUGGACUGACAGAUGACCCUCAGCUACAAAUUCUGAUUUUCCUAUUUCUCUUUUUCAAUUACAUUUUGAGUAUGAUAGGGAACUUCAUGAUCAUCCUCCUCACCCUAUUGGAUCCCCAUCUUAAGACUCCUAUGUAUUUCUUCCUCCGGAAUUUCUCCUUCAUAGAAAUUACAUUCACCACAGUGUGCAUUCCCAGGUUCCUGAUAAACAUUCUCUCAGGAGACAGAAGAAUUUCCUACAAUGAUUGUGCAGCUCAAUUGUUCUUUGUAUUCUUACUAGGGACUACAGAGUUCUACCUGUUGGCUGCUAUGUCCUAUGAUCGCUAUGUUGCCAUCUGCAGACCACUCCAUUACCCCAUCAUUAUGAAUAGCAAAGUGUGCUACCUACUGGUCCUCAGCUCCUGGGUAACUGGAUUCUUUAUCAUCUUCCCUCCUAUGCUCUUGGGGCUCAAACUGGAUUUCUGUACUUCGGGAUCAAUAGAUCAUUUUUUAUGUGACCCUUCUCCUGUCCUUCAGCUGUCUUGUACAGACACACGUUUCAUAGAACUAAUGACUUUUGCCUUAGCUGUCAUGACACUUGUCAUUACCUUGAUAUUAGUGAUUCUCUCCUACACACUCAUCAUCAAAACCAUCCUAAAGUUCCCUUCAGCUCAACAAAGGAAAAAGGCUUUUUCCACCUGCUCCUCACACAUGGUUGUUGUCUCCAUUACAUAUGGGAGUUGUAUCUUCAUGUAUGUGAAAACAUCAGCAAAGGAGAGAGUGAGUUUAAAUAAAGGUAUAGCUGUGCUCAAUACAUCUGUGGCCCCAUUGCUAAACCCUUUCAUUUACACCCUGAGGAACCAGCAGUGUUGCUCUCUUCAGACAAACCAGAAGUGGGUAUCGGAUCCCAUUACAGAUCGUUGUGAGCUACCAUGUGAUUGCUGGGAUUUGAACUCUGGAACUCCGGAAAAGAGAGUUCUUAACUGCUGAGACAUCUCUCCAGCCCUUCUUCUCAUAUUUUUUUUAUAUUUUGAAAUUUUAUUCAGCAUUAAUUUUCUAUAUUUAACAAAUUAAUUAACAUAUUUUAUUUGUUGACAUAGUAAGAUACACGGAUACAAAAUAAUAUAAUGUACAAUGUAAAGUAAUUGAGAUUGUCAGAGCAUGGUGAGACUUUGGGUAUUUGGUUGAUGAAUGUAAAGUACCAGAAACAUCACUUAUAAUGAAGUCUGUAAACUGAAUAAAUUAAAUAUGUAAGGGUUCUGUGGUGAGUUACAUAAAAGAUGUCAAAUCAUUACAAUUCUGCUGUAAAGAAAUCACUUGUAAAGUACCUUGACUGAGAAUAUGGAAUUUUGUUAGGUAAAUUAAAUGAUAUUUGCUUAAAACAAUUAAAGUUGGAGUUUGGUAGUCAACCAAGACAAUUUUAUUUAUUAUUCAUUAAUAAGCCGGUAUGGAAAAAUUUCUAACUAUCAAAUAAAAAUCAUACACCACAAA